UUUGCCUUAUUUGCUCCCUCAUCCUUCACUCUAACAUAUGAUCACGUGGAAAAUAGAAGUAUCGCGAACGCGACUAGCGCAAGAAAGAGAAGUAGUAAGCAAUAAGAUAUGAGAAAGUAAUUAAUAAAAAAUGUCUUGUAAAAGGAGCGGCAUAAAUUAAUCGGCGAGCGUCACAAAACAUCAGAUAAAAUCUUUAACAGAACAUAUUUUUCCAAUCGACGUCAUUUUAGGCAAAAUUAGGUUAGAUUGGCGAAACGGAGUAAAUAUUUACACUCGAAAGAAUCAUAUACAUUGUCAAUUAACUGACAUUUAUAACAAAUAUAUUGUUGAAAAAUGAUUAAAGAAACAUUGAACGAAUACUUGGAAAUUUUGGCUGGCCAUGUUUUUGAUAAUGAUAAGCUGGUCACUUAUAAAUGGCUAAGUAAUGAGUUACACGUUCAUGUGAAUAUAGCAAAACAGAUCUUAUGGGAAUUCUACCAAAAAUAUAAAAACAACAAUAUUGAAUGCACAUAUUUAUUAAUAGGCUUUCUAAAGGAUAAUGAAAUGCGUGUAGAGAUAGUAAAAGAAUCUACUUUGUUGAAGGCUAAAGAAAAGUUCAAUAAAAUCAUUUCGGAGCAUCUCUACAGUGUUCACAAACCUCUUGCAGAUUUGGAAUUACUCGCCACUUCUGGUCCUGGAAAUGUAAAUUACAGUGCAAUAAAAUGUGAUGCCUGUAAAGAGAGAAGUGAUGAGGAAAUGCAGCUGUUACGAUGGGGUACAGCUGCAAAGAAAAUUACAUUGGAAAAUAGGACAAAUUCAAAGCCUGUAGAUUUUGUAAAUCCAUCAAAGGUAGAAAAGAAUUCCAAUACAGCAAAGAAAAGUGGAUUUAAUAAUUUGUUCGGUAUGACUGGAAAGCCAAAGAAUUCAGAAAAAUUAAAAUCCUUUCAAGAACAGAAUAAAUGCUCAACAAAGGAAGAUAAAAAUUUUUUAAAGGAAACAAAAUUGACAAAGAAGGAGGAAGAUUCAAUGAAAAAAGAUGAAGCUUUAAGGAAGGAAGCUAAAGAAUUAACAGAAAAGGAAAAACAUUUUGUGGAAAAUGAUAAAGAUUCUGUACAAAAUCAUAAAAAUUCUUCUAAGAAUAAAGGUUCUAUGGAGAAGAAUAAAGGCUCUGUCAAUUCUAUCACUAAAAAAGUGUCUCCAAAGAGCACUUCUGUAAAGUCAGGAAACUUGGAUAAUUUUUUCGGAAAACUUGCAUCUCCUUCAAAGCCUACAGAAAUGAUAUUAACAGAAAAGAAAAACGAUAAUGCCAAACAGGAAGAAGUUACAGAAAAAAGGAAAGCUAAAAAAAAGGAGAAUUUACGUGGAAAAAAGCGUAAUAGAAGCAAAGAAACAGAAGAAACUGCCAAGAAACGGAAAAGAAUUGUUGUCCAGAGUGAUUCCAGUGAUUCAGAUAUACAGAGUGACAUAGAGAUGGAAGAAUCAGUUCCUGAAUCCCCAGAGCCUGAAGCUGUUGCAAGAUCCAAAAGUCCCUCUCCAGCAAAAGUGAAAUGUGAAAAUGGCAAAAGAAAGAUGCUAAAAUUAGUCAAUAAGACUUAUAAGGAAGGGGAAUAUUUUGUAACAAAGAAAGAACAUGUUUAUGUAAGCUGUUCCGAGGACGAAGAGGAGAAAAAAGAGGAAGAAAGGAAGAGAGAGGUGAAGAAAAUGGAAGCAAAGAUGGAGAAAGUGAAGAAAAAGCAAUCCACGUUGACAGAUUUUUUUAAGAAGUCUUAGAUUUGUGUUUUAAUUUUGAAAGUUCAAUUAAUUCAUAAAUAUUUGUUUAUUCUAUAUUUUUAUAAAUUAUUUAUUAAGAUAUAGAUGAUUGAAUUAAACGAUAAAUAUUAUAUACAACAUUAGUAACGAUAAGUGAUAUUCGAUAUUAAUAUUUUUGUGUAACGCGAUAUUAAAAAAUUUUUUGAGUUCAUAUUUGGUUAUCGUUAAGCGCUUGGUAAUUUAUUGUUUAGCAACUAGUUGAUUUAUCAAUUAUUAUUCUAUACAUUUUGUUUAAAAUUAAUAACUAACUUUCAAAUAUUAUUUAAUAAUAAAAAAUUUUUAAUAUAAAAAA